AUACACUGAGAAACCACGCCGGGUGCAUUGAUCAAGACGCAGACGCAACCACACUGGGGCAGACUGGCGUCGUUAGGUUGGUAUGAUUCCGCUGAAACAGAUUGCAUUGUCGCUGUCUUGGGUGCCCUCCGUCGUCCAAAUGUGUCUUGGGCUGACGAGCGUCUUCUUUGUGGGGUUUGACGUGAUCAUGAACAACUGGGAGCUCAUCAACUACCUCGGCAACUCCAACUACCUCCUCACGCCUCUGAUCAACCUCGCUGAGCCCAGUGAACUCUCCCGCACGUUUGCCUUUCCCGACCUGGCCAACGUCGAGUCCAUGUCGGAAGGCGGCAUGUUCUUGAUUCACUACAUCAUGGACUCGUGCUACAUCCGCGACCCCACCGACUACGUCCUGACUGCCGGCGCGCACUACAUCGACAGUGCCGCCAACGGCAUUUGUGGUACGCUCGUCCAGUCGUACCCCCUCCCCCCCAAUACGACUUCCACCACCAUGAACCUCGGAGUCGUGUACAACUACAUGCAACUCGUUCGAGGCAAUACGCUCGACAACUACUUCACCGCCCCCGACGAGCCCCCUCCCCCCAACGCAUCAUACAGAGACCUAGCCUACCUCGGCUUUAUUCCCGCGCGGGUCGACGUCGACAUGCGGCUGACUACACCCGUGGAGAUCCCUCCUGUUGGAGAAACCAUCGUCGCCAACGUGUCCAUGUACCGGUUCAACGCCGUCGCCUUUUGCUCGGGGUGCGACCCCGUGAUUGAGCUCGGCUUGGACGUGUGCAAGUCGUCGUAUUAUGUCGACCCCGCCACGCACUCGCUCGUCGUCACGUCUAGCCACGCGUAUCAAGGCGAAUACCACAUGCUGGGGGCCAUUCUCGAGCGGUCGUCGGGGACGCAAUCGUCGCUGUACCUUCGGGGCAUCGCGCUCGUGCUUGCGCUCGUGUCGUUUGCCACGAGCAAGAAAACCACGCGGUGGACGGAAACCGGGACCGUCGACACGGCGUGGAAGCGCGUAGUCCACACCCUCGCGCCGCCGCUGUAUCGGUACAGCAGCCACACGUUUACAUUUGCCAACUUUUGCUUGAACAGCGACUGGUUUGUCCUGGUGUAUGUGGUGGCGGUCCUCCUCGACGAGAAAAACUCGAUGACGUACUCGCGCCUCGUGUACCAUUGGAAUAUUGAAGGCGACAACCGGUGGAUCGACAUCCAAAUGGCAGCGAUCCAGUUUCGAUGGCUCUGGAUCAACUGCUUCAUCGUGAAAGCAACCAAGGUCGUGGUCAACUUUGUCAGCAUGUCCCGGUACAACGGAUCGAACUCUGUCGUCGGGUUCUUCAACUUUAGUUCGGUCUUGUACAUCUACUUUGCCGCCAUCUUCCUUAUGCAGCGGACCGAGUACAUCGAGUACGGCAACUCGGACAUGGCGACGCUGUCGUCGACCAAUGCUGACCUCGACAGCAUCCGCGUCGACUUUUUCUCGUCCUGGUUCAUUCGGUCGUAUCCGAGCAUGAUGCUCGUGAUGCUCGUCAACUUGUUUGUCAUGCUGUCCGCGGACCGCCUCCUCAACUGGAACAAGUGGCGCCGGCUGUCGCAAAACUCGCUCGCUCGACAGGCCAUGUACAACUCGUCGUCGAUCUUGUGCGAGAUGUGCUACUCGUUCCAUGAUCUCGCCGACUACAAGAACCAAGCGGUGAUCGUGCAAGCCCGUGCCCUGUGCACGUUCCAGUGGUUCCUCAUGUGCCACACGCUGUGCUUUGGCCUGCCAGAGAACCCCAAGCACGUCCGCGCGAUGCUGACCAAGUCGGUCGCCAUGAUCACGGUCAACGGCGAGAGCAACAGCACGCUAUCCCCCAUAUCAGAGUGCGGCGGCAGUGUUGGUGACCCGCGCAAAGAUGGACAUGGCAAUGGAGACAACAAACCGUCUUCGCUGACCCUUCGAAGGUCCAACAAGAGCACAACAACGGAGCUCAAGGACGACGACGACGAAGACUCCCUCGGCGCCGUCAAACCUAUUACAUCCGACUCCAAGGACUCCAACAGCGACCUGUGCAUCGUUGCGCAGGACGUCGAUGGGGUCAUCCACUUGUACGAUUCCAGGAAGCGCGAGAUCCAGUCCAUGACGUUCGAAGUCAAGAUUCUGAGCAAUUCGCGGUUCGUGAUCGCAUGAGGCCUGACAAGCGGGCUGACAUUGCACAUGGAGUCGAGACGUAUUUGAAAACAUGCAUGUUUCUCCCGGUGUGUUC